AAAAGAGGGCAACAGUAAAUAACAGUUUAGUUUUAACUUUAUCAGGUGACAAACGUAUUCUCAGAAGGGAAUGGAAUUUUUCCUGUUGACUGACUCAGCAUUUUAUAUGUAAAUAGGACAUAUUUUGAAUUAUGAGGGAGAACUAUAAAAGCUUUAUAUUGAUUGCAAGCUCACAUUUGUUUCAGUAAAAAGAGAAGACUUCAAUGGAUUUAGCUGUCAUCCUGGUGCUCAGUCUCUGUUGUCUGCUUCUCUUCUCAUUAUGGAGACAGAGCUCUGGGGGAAGGAAGCUCCCACCAGGCCCCACUCCUCUCCCAAUUCUUGGAAAUAUCUUACAAAUAGAUGCUAAAAACAUUGGCAGAUCUUUAAGCAAUUUAUCAAAAGUCUAUGGCCCUGUGUUCACUCUGUAUUUGGGCAAGAAGCCCACUGUGGUGUUGCACGGAUAUGAAGCCGUGAAGGAAGCCCUGAUUGAUAGUGGAGAAGAGUUUUCUGGAAGAGGCAGUUUCCCAGUGGUUGAUAGAACAAGUACAGGUCUUGGAAUCAUUUUAAGUAAUGGAAACAGAUGGAAAGAAAUGAGACGCUUCUCAGUCGCGACCCUGCGGAGUUUUGGGAUGGGGAAGAGGAGCAUUGAGGAAUGUGUUCGAGAGGAAGCUCGCUGCCUUGUGGAGGAGUUGAGGAAAACCAAGUGCUCUCCCUGUGAUCCCACCCUUUACCUGGGCUGUGCUCCCUGCAAUGUGAUCUGCUCCAUUGUUUUCCAUAAUCGUUUUGAUUAUAAAGAUCAGCAUUUGCUAAGUUUUUUGGAAAAAUUUGAUGAAAACCUCAAGAUUCUGAGCUCACCAUGGAUCCAGGUCUGCAAUAAUUUUCCUGCUCUCAUUGAUUAUUUCCCAGGGAGUCAUAAAAUAUUUCUUAAGAAUAUUGCCGAUAUGAAACAGUAUUUUUUUGAGAAAAUAAAGGAACACCAAGAAUCCCUGGAUAUUAAUAAUCCUCGGGACUUCAUCGACUGCUUCCUGAUUAAAAUGGAAGAGGAAAAGUACAACCAAGAGACUGAAUUUACCACUGAAGCCUUGAUAACCACUGUGAAUGAUCUAUUUGGAGCCGGGACAGAGACAGUAAGUUCCACUCUGAAAUAUGGAAUCCUGCUCCUGUUGAAGUACCCAGAGAUUACAGCUAAAGUUCAGGAAGAGAUUGACCAUGUGAUUGGCAGACACCGAAGUCCCUGCAUACAGGACAAGAGCCAUAUGCCCUACACAGAGGCUGUCGUGCAUGAGAUCCAGAGAUACAUUGACCUCCUGCCAACCAGUGGGCCCCGUGCAACAACCUGUGACAUUAAAUUCAGAAACUACUUCAUCCCCAAGGGCACAACCAUAAUAGUAUCACUGACAUCUGUGCUACAUGACAGCAAAGAAUUCCCCAACCCAGAGAAGUUUGACCCUGGCCAUUUCCUGGAUGAGAGUGGCAAAUUCAAGAAGAGUGACUACUUCAUGCCUUUCUCAACAGGAAAACGAAUGUGUACAGGAGAAAGCCUGGCCCGGAUGGAACUGUUUUUAUUUGUGACCACCAUUUUACAGAACUUUCACCUGAAAUCUGUGGUUGACCUAAAGGAUCUUGACAUCACUCCCGUUACCAGGGGAUUUGCCUCUGUGCCACCCAAAUACCAGCUUUGCUUUGUUCCUGUCUGAAGAAGAGCAGUCUGUCUGCCUACUGCUGUCAUCUGGAAUUUCCUCUUUGGGGCAUGCUCCACCUCCUUCCCUAUCAGGCCUGCCUUCUCUGAUCUACUUCUCACCACCUUAUUUCUUUGAAAUCCAGUGAACACUAAACCCCUAUUACAGAGAAUUUCCUCAGUUUUCACAAAUAAUACAUGCUUCCUGUUUACGUAUGUAACACUUGCAUUAGCUAUUCUGUAUUUUAACACUCUUGUGAGUUUUUCCUAUGGCAUCACUGUUAAACCAAAAAAAAAAAAAAAACUGGGGAAAAAUUAUGUUAAGUGAAAUAAACCACACACAACAAGAUAAACACCACAUGAUUUUUACUUUUAUGUGUAAUACAAAAAAGUUACACAUUUAUAAUAGUGAUAAGUAUUGGUUACUAGAAUGUGGAAAGGGGUGACAGUGUGAGAGAAUGGGGAAAGAGAAGUUGGUUAAAGGAUACAAAGUUUUGUGUAGACAGGAGGAAUGAGUUCUAAUGAUCUCUUGCUGAACAUGGUAACUAUAGUUAACAACAAUGCCUUGCAUAUUUUAUAAUAACUAAAAUGGGAGACAUUAAACAUCCUCCCCAUAAAGAAAGUUCAAGGAUAUGAGAUAAUGACCAUGUUAAUGAGCCUGAUUUAAUUAACCUUCCAUGCGUACAUGUAUCAUAUUAUCAAAAUGUACCCCACAAAUACAUAUGAUUACUACUUGUGAACAACAACAAAAAAAGGAAGUAGAUUGAAAACAAAAAGUGCAAAUGAAAACUACAUUUUAUCCAUUUUUAUCACUCUUUAUUGGUAAAUGAGAAUAUAUUAAUCAAGUAGUGACAAAAUGUGUAGAACAAAAGGGAGUCUGAUAUUCAGAAAGUCAAUUUCUCAAUGUCUACUAUUAAUAUCUUACUAAAAUUUGUAAUCUUCCUUUCACCACUACCUUCCAUCAUUUAUCUUCUAAUUCCCCUUACUCUGCUUUUGCACUUUGCAUGCUUUUCUUUUUCUUUUUUCAACUUAUACUUUCUCAUAAACCUAUGAGAUAGAUCAUAUUUGUAUUAGUUACCACUACUGCCUUAACAAAUUACCACAAAUAUAAUGACUCAAAACAAUAGAGAUUAAAAGUCUUAUAAUUCUGGGGUUCAAAGGUCAAGUAUCAUCUCCCUUGGAUUAAGAUGAUUCUACCAGUGUGGAUGAUUCCUUUGGAGGCUCUAGGGGAGAUUCCAUUUCCCUGAUUUUUUCAUCUUGUAGAGGCUGCCAGAAUCCUUUGGCUUGUGAGUCCUUUGUCACAUCAAUUCAACCUCAGCCAUCACAUCUGCCCUUUCCCCAUGCCCUUAGUGAUUACAUUGGUUCCAUCCAGAUCAUCCAGUAGAAUAUAUGCAUACCAUGGUCCUUGAUAUUUCUGAGUCUGCAAGGCACUCUGACAAAUAUUGAGUUUAAUAAAAAUCCCUCUUUCAUUCACCUUGCUACAAAGUAGUACUCCUGUUGCUUAAAUCCUAAACCACUAUCAUCUUAAAUAUUAGCUUAUUUUAUAUUUGAUAUAUCAUUAAAAUCCAAUAAAUAAAUGAAUUAAUCUCUGUA